CCAAGACGCACAUCUUAAUGUUAUUUGAAAUUUUUCUCUUAUCUUUAUGUCCUUGAAAACCUGUAUAAAAUAAUUAUAGACGAAACGAUGAGUAUCGUUAAAGAUACUAAAUCGGAUAAUCUAAAGGAACACACAGAUGAAGAUUUGUUCCAAAAAGAACGAGUAAGAAAUAAGAACGCGGAAUUCGAUCAUGAGGAAUUAGUGAAAUUAACUAAAGAAGCAAUUGACAAUAUAAUCGAAAGUGAUCCGCUUCUUUCUGGUCUACCAACCGACGUUACAAUCGAAGAAAUUAAAGCUCAAAUCGCUGUUGCGCAAGGGCAAGCGAUCACUAUAUAUUUAAAUCGUGAAGAAUUGCCGAAACUUGGAGUUGUGGUACCUCCUCACGACACUACAGUCUUAGAUCUGAAAAAAGCUAUAAAGCGUCAUACGAAUUUAUCGCUGAGAAGAGAAAGAAUCAAGAAAAAAAUAAGUUGGAAACAUGUUUGGAAAAAGUAUCACCUGUGUUUUGAAAACGUGAGAUUAGUGGAUGAUAAUGAAAACAUAAAAGCUUAUGGGAUCACAAACAAGGCUGAAUUACAUUAUGUAAAAAGACGUAGAGAAAAAAAUAAAUUGAUAAAGAACACUUAA